AGUUAAUUAAUAGAACUUAUCAAAGAGCGAACGGACCGAAAUAUUUUUGGAACGAUUUUGAAUGAAACCGUUUAACAGGUGACUGGGGAAAAAACAAAAUGGACGUCGACGGACUGGGUCAGCAAUAUAUUUAGCAUGUAAAGAGUGAAUGAUGUUUGUGAUCAGAGAAAUCCUGUAAAAUUUAUCAUGACUGAAGAGAAACGAGCCACCUGCUCAAGGCUGUGUAAUACACGGACCAGUAUCUACAUCCUAGCAGGGCUGUCCGUUAUAGUCCUGAUUAACAUGUUGAAUGCCAAUAACCAUUUAACAUCCAUCAUAGAUCUGUCCAAACAAGUACGGGACGGUUUCAAAGAGUUACUAAGCUAUAAUGAUAGUUCCAUUGAGGAGAUAGCUAGUCCAAAUAGACCCUACAUAAUAGCAGCAAUACAAUCUGAUUUGAAUAGAACUGAUACAAAGACUUUAUCUCCGAAAUCCACAACUUCAACUCCAAAACCCACGACCACAACAACUAAAGUAACUACUAAACCAACAACGAAGUCCAAUCCCGCCCAGCCAACCCCUCGGCCAGAUGAUUGCAAAGCCUGCUUCGAACACAACUUUAAAUACAUAAUAGACAAUGAGCACAUAUGUGAUACUGGAAAUGGCAAGAGUAAUGUAGAUAUUGCUGUGUUUAUUCUCACAGUGCAUGCAAAUCGAAAAGCAAGGGACACCUUACGAGAAACAUGGCUGACUCCCACCAAAAAUAACACUGCUGAGAUCAGAUAUGCAUUUUUGCUAGGAUCUACCCCAGAUCAAAGUCUGCAGAAGAAAGUUGAGGAGGAAAAUGCCAUUUUCCAUGAUAUCAUUCAGGAAGAUUUUGUAGAUAAAUACAUGAAUCUGACUUACAAGACAAUUAUGGCCUUUAAGUGGGCCAGUACAAAAUGUAAACAGGCAAAAUUUAUCAUGAAAACAGAUGACGAUAUGUUUGUUAAUUUGAAUUCAGUGAAAAAUGUGGUAGCGGUGCAUGGCUCUAGCCUUCAAACUGCUGUAGGAGGGGCAUGCCAUAUGUCUGCUGGACCAAUCAGAGACAGAAACUCUAAAUGGUACGCCUCAAAGAUAAGUUAUCCCAGGAAUUCUUAUCCAGGCUUUUGUUCAGGUACAGGGUAUGUUACAAGUAUGAAUGUGGCCUCAAAGAUUUAUGAAGUUUCCAGACAUGUUCCUUUCUUUCAUCUGGAGGAUGUGUAUGUAGCACUGUGCAUUAAACGGCUUGGUUACAAACUGAAGCCUAUUGCAGGUUUUAACUCUGGUCGUACACCCCCGGGUUGCGCAUACAAAACAAAUAAUGUAGUUACAUCACAUUACCUUGGUUUGGAUCUGAUAAGAAAGAUGUGGAACUUGAAAUGCUAGCUUACUCAAAAUAUCAACUAGAUGAGUCAUAUUCACCAGAAUUUUAUCAUUCCAUGUAUAAAUAGAAUAUACAUUUAAAAGUUUUUACCAGCAUUAGUAUUCUUAUGCACAUACAUCAGGCUAAGGGCUAAUUACAUUGUAAUGUAAUGCAUUACAUUAUCGUGAUUACUUCAUGAAUUUUGGUUUUGAAUUUCUAUUACAGUUACUAAGUUUUCUCGAAAUAAUGCAUUACAUUACCAUUUCAUGAGUAAAGUAACACAUUACCAUUAUUUGUGAAAAGUAAAUAAUAAGUUUAAAAGAAGGAAAGCUAACUAAAGAGUUCUUGCAAAUGUUUAAUAUAUGAAACAGACUUUUAAGCUGAACACCGCUUGUUAAUAGGCACUGUCCACUAUAUUUCUCUUUCACCACCGGUAUCCCAACAAUUCGUACAUGAUAAUCAGACAGCAGUAGACCUCUCAAAGUUUAAAACAUUUUGCUGUAGAGGUCUCACCUGUGUGGACGUACAUCUUGCCUCGCCUUGUUGCUCGGUUUCGAUGAAAUUUUCAAAUUUUACGCACUUUUUUCAAGCCAGGAGAAUACUAACUUCAAAUAAACAGGUAUAAUCAUUACAUGUAUUUUCAAACAGAAUAUGCCCAUAAAACAAGAAAUAAAUGCAUAAAAUCCAAAGACUAUGAAAGGAAUACUACAUGUCUGCCACACAUUUUGGGUGUGCAAUUGGAUGUAUUAACAAAAUUGAAGGGUUUAUAUACCUGUGUGACAGUGCCUAUUUAGGACUGGUGUUCAGCUUUAACAUAUUUACAGACUCAUGUUCACUAUAAGGUUCAAUUUUAGGGAUUGCUGUUGCACUUUAUGCACUGAUAUGAAUUUAUAACAAUACAACUAAAAUAUUUUUAUCUGGGGAAAUAAUUUCUUUUAUCUUUAAAAUAAUUUUUGAUCAAGUACAAUUUUAGUUCUUCAAUUCACCAUCAUUAGUCGUAAUGCUAAAUUAGUGGCAUCACUAGCAUUACUGUAUUGCAGUGCAGUACCAUUACAUUUAGCCUGAACAUACUCACAAAAUGAAAUGAAUUGAUUCUUUGACAAAUAUUUCAUAGUGAGAAAUCCAGUUGUACCUUUUUUUUUACAUUGAUAAAUGAAAUCCACCAAUUUUUUUAUUUUUCAACCUUUGUUUUUCUCUCCGUUUUUCUUAACAAGGUAUGCGGUUUUUAUAUGUUUUUUUUUCUUUUUAACUUUACUAAAAGAAACAUUUUGUGAAAACUUUUGUUUUUUGUUUGAAAAGUCUUCUGGCCCAAAGAAUUAAAGAUCCAUAAUGGAUUUUGAUGGUUCUCAAUAAGCCUCCUAAGAUACAAUCAGUAUUUAAUAAAGCAUUCUACUCAAAAGAUAACAGUUUCUCUGGUGUCAUUAUAGUCCUGGUUUUCAAAGAGAAACAUUGAUAUCAAAGUCUUUAAUGUCCUUUGUUUAACUUAAAUGCCAAAACAUGGAACAAAAAAAUAACGUUUAUGCAAUCAGGCGUGUAGAUAUAAGUCUUUAGUUAGUUAACUUUUAAGCACUGUGCUAUACUAGCAAAAUGUAAAGCUUGAAAUCGGUGUCUACCUAGAGUUAUUGUUCUUGUCGCACAAUGAUAUUGGUAUGUGAUUGUUGAAGUGGCAUUAUUAACAGUGCUAGCUUGGAUUUAAAUCUAAUAACUUACAAUAAUUUACAUCUGCUCCAAUUACAGUUUUCAUGAAAUACACAUGUAUUGCAUGUUUGUAUUGUAUGCUGAAAAUGAAUUUCAAUUUAAGGUCCACCAACAUGGAGGCAAAUUUUAGGGGUCACAUAUCUUUUUAUUUCUGAUAUAUCUGGAAAGAAAUGUUUCCUACAUACGCAAGAAAAAAAAAUAAGGAGCUAAGUCAGUUACAUAUACAGUAACAUCAGAAUUAUUCUAAGUGUUAAUUGAAAGUAACAAUUUUUUUAAGACAAGAAAUGCAUGAAUAUGGGUUAUAUUGUAUAAGAUAAUGUUUGAUACCAUAUUUACAGUUCUCAUAACACCUGUAUUCAUUAUCUAACUGCAGUGUCUUUAUUUAAUCUGCUGUGGUGUACUGCCAUUGAUAAAUAACAUGCUGAAUGAAGCAACUGAACUAAAUAUGUUAAGAUUAAGAGCCUGUGAACGGUAUUAUUUAUCACUUUUAUUAAGUUUUACAAUGUAAUGGGUUUUUUACACUUGAAACUGAUAUUAUAAUAUCAUUUUUUCAAACACAUCAUGAUGAAUAUUGCCUUUGCUGUACUAUAAAUAAGGGUUUUUCAGCUUUUGAAAUAAAAAUUGCACUUAUGUUGUCAUUGUAAUAUUUAAUUGUAAUUAUAUAUAAUGUUGAACAAGUUAGCUAGAUGAUGUAACAAUACUGGUAUUGAAUGGAAAAUUGUUUCAAUCUGCAUGGGCAAACCAUUCCAUUUUUUCUGUGAUAAUUUAUUUUGAAUAAGAUCCAUAAAUAGUGUCUCUAAAUAUGUUUUUAAACAAUGUCAUCUAAAUGACAAACUUAAUUGCUGUUUUAUCUCCUCUGAACUAAUAAAUGUUAUCCUUUUUGAAUUUCUGAAUUGUGUUAAAGUUUUUCAAGUGAAAACUUUGAUAACAUUUUAUUUCUUUUGAAAUCUUAAGGAUAUAGAGUGUUAGGCAGAUAAAAAGCUAAAGUUAUGGAAGAGUGAAUUGUAUGCAUGUAUAUACAAGUAUAUUUUAAAGUGAACUAGGUCAUAGUUUCACUAACCAAAGUGGCUUGUGUGAUUUUUUGGUAAAAUAAAUCCUUCAACAUUUGUUUAUGUACUGUAUCUCUUUGUUGUGUUAUCAAUGUGUCCAGGUUACUUUGUAAAAAUCAUGUGUAUGAAAGAAAUUUGUCAUUA